GGAGCAGGAUCCGGUUUUUGAUAGUGAUUGUGUAUUAAAAGCUGUUUCUCUGCCAAGCCUGAGUUGUGCGCGUGUAUAUAUCCCUCUAAAGGACAGUCCACCUGUAUUUUACUGCGGCAUAGACGUCUGUUAUGCCCUCUGAAGUAGUGUAACUACUAGUAUUUACUUCAGGACCUGAAGAUCUAUCUCCUGCUGCAGCGACCAUAGGACACUUGCAAAACCACUAAGUGACACAGGUGGCAACGACAACGCCCCUUUUCUGGCCCCCGAUGUUUCACCGUGUUGUAAAUUCAUCAGAACCGAGGAUCUAACUCUGUGAAGACCAUCAGAUACUAGAGGACCUGAAAAUCUAUCACCUGCUACAGCGACCAUAGGACAAUUGCAAAACCGCUAAGUGACACAAGUGGUCACGACAACGCCCCUUUUCUGGCCCCCGAUGUUUCACUUUGUUGUAAGUCCACCUGAACCGAGGAUCUAACUUCAUCUGUAAAGACCAUCAGAUACCAGAGGACCUGAAAAUCUAUCACCUGCUACAGCGACCAUAGGACAAUUGGAAAACCGCUAAGUGACACAAGUGGUCACGACAACGCCCCUUUUCUGGCCCCCGAUGUUUCACUUUGUUGUAAGUCCACCUGAACCGAGGAUCUAACUUCAUCUGUAAAGACCAUCAGAUACCAGAGAUGAGAAAGAGAGGGAAGAGGCUAGUACUCCCCCUGCUGGUGGUUCUGGCCAUCUCCAUGUAUCUGAUGGGGACCGGCUCCAGGAAGGACGCUCCGUCAGAAAGUGGACACCGUGUCAUUGAGGAGUUAAUAGCCCUGCCGUCCGAAGACCUUCAGGAAGCCUUCCUUGCAGCAGCAGACGAAAACGCCCCACUUUACGGAUACGAUAAGGACAAGGGACAGCUGGAGCUCAUUGCGAAUUCAAGACAUACGCGAGAUAUUCUAUCGACAGACGAAGCGCAAGAUCGAGAAAUACUGUCUGACACGAUGGCAAACGGUGCGAAAGAGGAGUCCCUAGUUGAUAAGGAAGUCAGAAAUGAAGACCUUUUGCUGCCUAAUGACCUGAAUGAGGCCGUGCAAGCUGCUGCAGCAGAAGACACUUCGCCGUACAUCCAACAGGCGCUCCGGGCAGCACAACCUGAUGACGUUUCGCCGUACAUCCAACAGGCGCUCCAGGCGGCAGAACCUGAUGACGCUUACGUCAUGGAUAAACGCUUCUUACCGGCUAUUGCUGGGCUUGCUGGGAAGCUUUUGUCAAGUGGGAACAAGUUCGAUGUUGCCAAACUGACGGAUACCAUAAAGAAACUGGGUUCUAUGAAAAACAUGGCUCCAGACAUCAUGGCGAAAAGUGUGGAAAAAGAGGCUGAGGUGGCGGGAGCAAUAGAGAAAAGUGCCAUGCAGUCAGUAGUAGACGGCAUACUAGGAUCAUCUGUAAAGAAAGGAGUGGGUGGAGCUCCACCUGCCCAAGGGGCUGCACCUGCCAAAGGACCUGCACCUGCCAAAGGACCUGCACCUGCCAAAGGACCUGCACCUGCUCCAGUUGGACCAGGAUUUGCAAAGGAAAUCAAGGCUGAAAUAAGUCUCUCUGAGGACAAGGGCAUGAUACAGGACGACAUGUUUGCUCCACCGGGAAUGCACAUGAAGGUGGACGUUGAACAGGGCGGCAAAAAGAAACCAGAAGCUGACAGCAGUUCUCAGCCUCCUGCGUUUGCCUUCCCCAUCGGAAUGGGCGCUGCUCUGAUGAACGGCUGCUUUGGAAAAGGAUACGGACCCGGAGACCCUUGCUAUAACGUCAAGUCUGUCAUACCGCGCUGCUAUGCCAUGAUGGAGGGGUGCACCUACAUCGGUGUCGGCUUCGAUGGUCGCGGGGACUACAGCAGCGCGUCCAGAAAAAAGAAUCUCGUGCAGCGAUUCUGUAAGAAUAAAAGAAAGUAUCAGGGCGGGGAUGUUCCAGAUACCAUGAACGUUCAGGGCAUCUACGACACGAAAGUUUCCUCAUUCGUCUUCGAGUCAAAAUCAGCCUACCGUCGCUCCCUUCAGAUGAAAGCUGGGAUGUCUUUCUCUGGAUGGGGAUUUCAGGGUGCUAUAGAUGCAGCAUAUGGUUCGAAGUCGUCCUCCCAGAGGCAAAUGAUCAUGUCCCUUAUAGAGUGUAAUGUAGUCAGGUAUGAAAUCUUCCUCGAUGAUGUUCGGCCGGAUACCCUAAGCCUAGAUUUCUUGAGAGACUUUCUGGACCUACCUGAGUCUUUUAAAACAGGAAAACAAAAACUGCAGAAAUUCAUCAUCCGCUAUGGAACACAUUACAUCAAGUCAGCAAAGUUCGGCGGAUCCUUCAGGGUGUUCAAGACCCAGGAAGCCUCCAAGACCCAAAGUCUCACGGAGUUUUCCGUAGAGGCACAGGCCUCUUAUAGUGGGAUGUUCUCGGCCGGCGCUUCCUUCGGAAUGAAGGGAUCCAGUGAAAGCGCCCAAUCUUCCAAGACGUCCAGCACCCGCGUGACCGCAGAAGGAGGCCACCAGGAAGUCGCGGCCGUCGUAGCGGAUUUCUACACGACCGGCUUCAAAGACACCUUUAGCCAAUGGCUGAAGACCAUCCCUACAUACCCAAAACCUGUCGAGAUGUUCAUGGGCACCAUUACGGAGCUGCUGAACUUGAACUUCAAACUCAUGUUUCCGUUUGACAUCAAGGAUGUUGCAAAAGGCUGCUUUAGCGAGGACCUGAAGACUGAGAACGGUACUGGGAAGAAGUAUUACGAGAUUUCCAAGCUUGUGAACGACACCAAAGGAGUCCUGAAAACUGUAAAGGAGAAACGGUAUUGUGAAUUCACGGCCGCUGGGAAAUUCCAAGAAGCAAUGGACAGGAAGCGCCUUGCACUAGAAAGGGCAACAACUGUCUAUAUGGAAGAGGGGCCGGUACCUGCGAAUGACUUCCAUCUGGAGGGCGGACCAGCCGGAUGCCAGUCUGAUUCCUUGGUUAUAAAGGGUGGCAAAACUGGAGCAACUCACCCCACAUGGCGAGAGCUGAUCAAUGGAAGCAAAUACAAGAUCAUCUUCGAUCUACCCCAAGACAUUAACGAAAACAUCAAGAAGGACGCUGCGGUCUUGAUAAUUUUUGGAAACAAAAGAUGGAAUUGUCACUUGCCGGGAACCCGUGUUCACACGUAUAAUAGUCACUUAAAUGGUGGCAGCGGAGACACCAGGAACAAAAUGGUCUCCUGUUUUGGCUUUGUGAUGACGUACAACGAAGUCACCGGUCAGUUUUCUGUGACAGAAGGAAACAUAGAAGCCUCCAAAAAGGUGUUUGUGACUUUGCCUGGUAUCAACACAGACGCGAUCGUCGGGCGGGCUGAGUAUGUCAACCCUUUAGAGAACUCAGGAACAAACCGUGACGCUUUGGCGAGUAUACUGCAAGAACCCUGCACCGUGAAGUGGUCCAACUCCUACCAGAUCGAUCCGGCAAUAAAGGAGGGACAGUGUCUCUACUUUGUCGGGGCAUCUGCAGGCGACUUCUUUGUAGUGUUCUCUGCUAUUCCGAGGGACAAGACCACCUGGUUCCAUCUUCAAAUUGGUGUUCAAGGCGUGGCUCUUUACAAGGGUAUGAAGCUAGUAAAAUAUGAAGGAGCGAUGGCAGCUCGGUGUCUUGGUGCCUCCAACCUGUUCCAACCAUACUUUAUUUGCCUGGAUGAGGAAAGCUCCACAACCUACAUCAAGUAUGGAAUCGGAUCGGACACAUCCGAGAAGGGCAUGGUCUACAUGGUCUACAGUGACAACAACCCACCAUUAGGCAUCCGGUACUACUCGUUUGGCAGUGGGGAAACCAACGUAGAGAUCAUGGACGCGCGAGUCAUCGAAGGAAGUGGCGCAGGAGCCAUGGAAUGUACAGGAGGAACCGUGCUAAAGAAUGGGCAAUGUGUGGAAGAUUGCCACCCGGAGUGUGAUGGAUGCAUUCCAAUUACACCCGGUUCGAAGCUUGAUACAGAGUGUCGCCGUUGUAAGCACUUCAGUAUCCUAUUCGGGGAUGGAAGAACCAAAUGUGUUCCGGAGGGUGAAUGUCCAUCAUUUCUCAAAGUGGACCCCGUAAGCAAGACAUGCAAGUGUGCGGCUAACCAAAAAUUUGGUCCGGACGACAAGACUUGCGUAUGCAUCCUGAUUGACGGCAAAGACUCCGGUGGCAAAGACAUCUGUGUCUCAAAUUGUCCUGACCUUAAAAAACCAAAUGGCGCCAGGCCAUCACCAAGAUGUGUGUGCAAAAUCUCCCACAACGGCGUGUGUGUUGCAAAGUGCCCAUCCGCUAACAUGCCUAAGUACGGCAAAUGUAUCGCUUGUAAGGAUGGGAACGGAGCAUCGUACCGAGGAUCCACGGCUGUGACCAAGUCAGGCAAGACUUGCCAACGCUGGGACAGUCUUACUCCGCAUUAUAAUUACUACUAUACGCCUGCCCAGAAACCGAAUUCUGGACUGGAGAGAAACUUUUGCCGGAACCCAUCCGCCGCUACUGGUCCUUGGUGCCUCACCACUGACCCCAAAACACGGUGGGAAUAUUGCGACAUACCAGAAUGUCCUGAGCCAUAAUUAUUAUGAUUAUAAUUAUGUAUUAACGUGAAUGAAAAAUUGCGAUCUCGUAUUUUAUGACAAAAAGAGGCAUUUUUGGACUACACCCAGCAAGACUCUCAGUAGUUGCCGGGAUACCCUCUACCCCGUACAACAGAAUACACCCCAUCUCAAACAGAUUUAAGAAAUACUUGAGAAAGCCUAACUUUACAUUUAAGUUGGUUUUCAAGGUAAACGACUUAUAGAGAAUUUGAAUAGCUCUGUCAUGCAGACUUGAGAAGAAUUACUAAAGGAAACCAUCAUUGACGCAAAACCAUUGAAUCCGACAUCAUUUUUUUAAAUGACAGUUUUCUCAAUGGUAAGCUGCUGUCAAUUGCAUUUACAAUAACUACGAUCCUAAGUAGCUAACGGAAAAAUAAAGUACUGGUGUAUCUAACACGUAUUUACGAUGCAAUUUUAAUAUGGUGCAAUGUUGGUGUGUUUACGUAUGUUUUCCGUUAGGAAAGUGAUCGGCGUCAGUUUUAUGAAGCAUUGUUGCUAAUAUUGCUGGGGCAUAAUGCCACAAGUGAAGCAUUGCCACAUGUAAGUUUACUGCUGUUUUAUUAAUGACAAAAUUUCGUAAGUUCCUUUACAUAAUAUGUUCUAGGUGAGGAACAUUGCAGUAUGACUAUUAAAGAUUUUCAAUUUUGAUGUUUUUCAUUCACUUUGUAACAGUAUGAGAUACAGUAAGUAUAUGGUGUAGGAGAAAGAUUGUCAAACUACUUUAAAUCUAUGAAACAACAAUAUUUUAAGAAAACAAGAAGUAUGUCUACUACAUCUAACUUUAUAUUUACAAACCACCAAGUACAUCAUUUAUUAUCAAAGUAUCGAUACUGCUAUGUAAAAUUGUUUAUGUAUUUAUGGUGAAUUUAUCAUUGGAAAUCAUUCUAAACCUUGACGAUAACUUGUUAUAUGAUACGUUAAAGGUAUGUCUGUUUCUUUGGUGUAAAGUUUAUAGUUGGACUGUAACAUUAGAAUGCAUGCUGGUCUAUCUUUUGUCACGUUGUCACUUAAGAGAAUACAUUUGUGGUUGUUGGUCUA